AUGUGCGACCGUGACGGCCUGCGAUGCUUGCUGGACGGCAACUCCGUAUCCCUAAAAGUCGCCGCGGUCGAGAGACGGAAAGCUGUCAAAGCACGAGCAGCGGCGGCAGGAGGCGCAACGGGGUCAAGCGUGGUCCCGGAAGGAAGAAGCAGCGAGGCGACAGCAGCGAUUCGUCCCGUGGUCAUUCUCCCGGGAUUGGGCAACAACUCGGCGGAUUACGCGGAGCUCGUCGCGCUGCUGGAGGCGCAGGGCGUGGUGGCGGAGGUGGCACGCGUGGCGCGACCUGAUUGGCUGCGGAACGCCGCGGGGCUGCUGCAGGCGGACUAUUGGAAGGGAACGCUGAAGCCUCGCCCGAUCCUCGACUGGUACUUGGAGCGGGUGGCAGCAGCGGUGGACGCAGCCAAGAAGAGAGUCCCAGGCGCCUCCCAGGUGUCGCUGGUGGCGCACUCAGCAGGCGGGUGGCUGGCACGUCUCUACCUCGCAGAGUACGGUCAUGCUGACGUGGCACUGCUGCUCUCCCUCGGCUCGCCGCACCUACCACCGCCACCAGGGGCACAGGGGGUGGUGGAUCAGACGAGGGGCCUGCUAACGCACAUGCAGGCCGUCUCUCCAGGCGCCUUCCAUGCUCCCCACGUCAAAUACGUCUGCGUCUCGGGCAGGUACAUCAAGGGUUUGCCCCUGUUCGGCAGCGCCACCACUGCCACCCCUGAAUCAGCCGCAGCAGCCUCAGAACCAGCCGCUGCGGCAGGCGUGGCAGCAGCAGCAGGAGGAGAGGCGCGCGUGUUUGCCCUGGAUGUGAAACCAGUGGGGGUGGGGGGCGCAGCACCACAAGCAACCGGUGGGUCAGAUUCAGAGCUGGAGAGCGAGAGUGAGAGAGAGGAGAGCAGCAGUGGGGCUUCAGAUGAAGACGAGGUUGGUGCUGGGAGGCAGGUGGCAUCUGGGGGAGGUGUGUUCCAAGCGCGCAUGGUGGGGCAGGGGUACAAGCAGGUGUGUGGGCGGGCGGACGUGUGGGGGGACGGAGUUGUGCCAGAAGAUGCCGCCCUGCUGGAGGGGGCGGAGAAUCUGAUCUUGGAUGGCGUGUAUCACUCGCCUGUGGGGGCCAGUGAGGCCCGGCCGUGGUACGGGUCUCCCUCCGUGCUGCCCUCGUGGCAGCACCACCUGUUCGUUUGA